CUCGGAUUGGUUCCAGCGUGGCGGGUGUGGACCUCAUGUCAGGGUGGUAAAGAUGUCCACCGAUCGCGAUGGGAAAAAGCUGGUCCGCUCCCCCAGUGGGCUCCGCAUGCUCCCGGAGAACCGGUCACUCAGCAGCCCCUUCGGCUUGGAGGAACCACAGUGGGUGCCGGAUAAAGAGUGCCCUCGGUGUAUGCAGUGCGAAACAAAAUUUGACUUCAUAACCAGGAAGCACCACUGCCGAAGAUGUGGAAAAUGUUUCUGUGACAAGUGCUGUAGCAAGAAAGUGCCUCUGCCACGCAUGUGCUUUGUGGAUCCCGUCCGCCAGUGUGCAGAAUGCUCUCUUAUUUCUCAGAAGGAGACAGAAUUCUAUGACAGGCAGCUUAAAGUGCUGAUGACUGGUGCUACCUUCUCCAUUACUCAUGGAUCUUCCGAAAAAUCUGAGACUGUUGUAUGUCGCCUUUCCAACAACCACAGAUAUUUGUUCCUAGAUGGGGAAAACCAUUAUGAAAUUGAAGUUUCGCAGAUUUCUACGAUUCAGAUUCUUACAGAAGGCCUUACUCCAGGAGAAAAAGAUAUUCAUACUUAUACCAGCCUGUUGGAGAGCCAGUACGGUACAGAAGGAGGGAACAGCCGUGCGAUUGGCAUGCUGCUUCAGUACAAAAAGCCGGGAUCUGAAGACCUGAUACAGAUGAAGUUUACCACAAGUGAAGAUUUUACCAGCAAUAAAAUGAUGUCAACUUCCUGGCUUGCAGCUAUUCAUAAGGCGACAAAACUCCUCUACGAAUCUCGAGAACAAUAACUGAAAAAAAACCUUCAUCUGAAGACUAAAGAUGACCAGUGCAAAGUUUUAUUUGUAAUUGUCAUUUUGACAUAUAUUGUUUAUAAUAACUGCUCUUUCCAAUCAAUACUCUAAAAUAAGCUACAUAUGAAAUGAAGUUGUACUUUGAGCCUUUUAUAACCACGAUUAUUUACACCUUAUGUAAUAUACAUAUAUUUUAAUAGUGCUUCAGAUUUAGCCUUACACUUUUAAGACUGUAUAUUUUGUUAAUCAAGUCACUAAAAGAUGUCUUCACCUUUUAGUUACACAGGUAGACAAGUCUCACGUUUGCUUAGCAAACUGCAGCGUUGCACAUGUGACCUUUUGUACAGUAGAACUCAGGUUUUGUUCUUUCCAAUUAAAAUAGCACAAAAGUUUGGCAGCACCAAAAUAUAACCUAAUAUUUGGUUUAUAAUAUGCACCUUACAGAUGUCCUACAGCUUUUUGUGACUUAACCACAAUAAUUGUAAUAAAUGUAAUAUGGAUUGCUUCUUUAGAGGUCCUUAUUAAUUAACAAACUACAGCAGUGUGAUAUUGGGCUUUUUGAACCAUUUCCCUAAUAAAAAAAAAUGUAUAGAUCUUA